GCACGCACCGCCGUGUCUCCUGCGCUCUGACCUCACCGAGGACUUUACCGGCUGUUUUUCUUCUUCUUCUUAACCCCACCACCGCCAUUCUCUGUACAUUUUCUCUCAUUUCUUUCUUUUUUUUUUUUUAAAGAAGUGCCUUGAGGUGGGGGGGAGGAAUAUAUCGAAAACGCAACACGUACCCGGUGGGCUCGAACUCCCGACAGAGUUGGAGCGGAUCGUCACUGCGCUUCUUUUUUUUUUUUCCAAAACGGGAAUAAUGAGGAACGUUUGGAUCAUUUGGACCGUCGGCUUGAUCGCCGUCCUCUCCGGGGAAAGGAUAGCAGAAGGAGCCAAGGCGUCCUCUCAGGCUGAUGACCUGUACCUGGAGGACGUGGGGUCAGGAGGUUACUACCCUGAAGACGACGAUGACUUUAACUCAGGAUCCGGCUCGGGUGAAGGCGGUGAUGUGUUACCGGAAACAGUGACCAUCAGUAUGGUCUACAUCGAGCCCAAUGCAGCAGAACCCACCCCAGACUCCACCAAAGACUUCACCCCGAGGGUGGAGACAGCCACGGUCAGAGCAAAGUCCAGGGAAAGCACAACCAAGAAAGCACCCAGAACAGAGGCACCAGUGCUAAUUACAGAGGACAUGCAAAGGAACCAGGUGACGAGUACAACUAGUGCCCCCGGGUCGCCCCAGGAGCCUGUCGAGGUUCAAUCUGAAAACCUCUUCCAGAGGACAGAGGUGUUGGCAGCUGUCAUCGCUGGCGGCGUGAUUGGAUUCUUGUUCGCCAUCUUCCUCAUCCUCCUGCUGGUCUACCGCAUGAGGAAGAAGGACGAGGGCAGCUACGACCUCGGAGAGAGGAAACCUUCAGGUGCAGCCUAUCAGAAAGCCCCGACCAAGGAGUUUUAUGCAUAAAAAAAAAAGAAAAACCUGCCAUCCUUUCACCGGAGUGACGAGUUGUAAGCGACUGUUCAAAUCCAGUCGACGACAACAGCGAACCUGUUCAAAUGCAGCGGCAACAUGUUGUAAAGUAAAUAACAUAAAGGAAAAGCUUUUGCAUAGAGUAUUGUAAUUAAGAUCUUUUUUUUUUUCUUCUUUUUUUUUGGACAUGAAAACAUUUCUCAUUUUAUGUCAAAUCUCAGUGUAUUUAAACAUAUUGUGUGCUAUGAGAAAAAAAGCAAAUCUAUAACAGCCGAUUGCAUCUGUCUUCUGUCGAAGGAGCAGGUUUUUAGCCGCUGACUACUUUUAACUGUAGCAGUAUUUGUAAAGAAAAACAAAGUGGAAAUAAUUGAAGAUAAAUAUUCUGGAUCAAACCUGCUUUCACCUUAUUUUCUUUUGUCCUAGCAUGUCUGAUGUUGAUCUCUAAAGGUGUAUGACAUUAAUUUAUCUUUUUCUCUGAUGUAAAGAAAAAAAAAGCCUUUGUAGUUUUGAUGAAGUGCUUCGGUUUCCACAUUAACGGCGUUAACGGUCAGUGUAAAUGUCAUCCAUCCAGGUUACGGUGUUUCUUUGUUUGUUUUUUUUGCUCUCACGUCACUUUUUAGGCAAAGAUUUAAGCGUUUCAAGAUGUCCGUUUGUUCGUCAACUUAUCGAUGUAGCCUUUUUUUCUCUCUCUCUCUCUCUCUCUCUUCGACUGCGUUUUACUGUCAUACCCAGGAAUCAGUCUUCAAAUUAUAUAUAUAUAUAUA